UAUUUAUUUUCUUUCGUCUAUUCAAACAUUUUUUGAUUCGCAAUCGACCGUAAAGUUUAUUUUAACUGUAAUAAUUGAUUUUCGCUUCAUUAGUACCUACACGUUAAAAUAUCCUUUAUCCGGAGAAGAGAUUUCGCAACAAUCCGCACAAGGUUGACCAGCCGCCAUGGACCGCUGCCGAAUAAUUGCCGCCGCCGUCGUUUGGUUGCUGUUGCCGGUCGGGAUGUUCGCCAAUCAACUCAGAGGUUACCCCGAAAGCUGCGUGAACGAAGGAGAGAUCGUGAACGUGGUCACCAUCAAGAACAUGAUGUGUUACACUUGCCUGUGCAAAAACGGAUUCGUGGAGUGCGUCAAGGACCAGUGCCCCGACGAACAGGGUUGCUACAUGCUGCAAGACGUUUUCGUGGACCCGAAAGGAUGCUGCCGACGGUGUAAAGGUUGCGUGUACAAAGGCGUUCUAAGGGACAGUGGUACGGAGUGGACAGACCCGGACGACCCGUGCCAGGUGAUGUCGUGCAAGGCUGGCGUAGUCACGGAGACCCGGAUGCAGUGCAUCACGCCGUGCCAGCAGCCCUACCCGCCGAAGCCGGGCACUUGCUGUCCCACUUGUCCAGGUUGCCGGGUUAUCGGACAAGAAGUGGCCGCUUGGAGGAACGUCAGCCUGUACGACGACCCGUGCCUGACCUGUCACUGCGAAAGAUCCGCGGCCGGCCCGGCGCUCACCUGUUCGAAAAAGGCGUGCCCUGUGCUCCAGUGUCCGUCCAGCAGCAUGCAGAUACUGCCGGGCGAAUGCUGCCCCAGAUGCGUUGGAAAGAGCAGGAAACUAAUGGACCCGCCACGAGGAGCUUGCUUGCUGGGCGACAAGAUUACGCCGUCCGGCCAGGAGACGCACCCGGACCGGUGCACGGAGUGCACUUGCGCCAACUCGACGGUGGUGUGCAAGCGCGAGACGUGCCCGCCGCUGGACUGCCCCGUGGAGAAGCAGACGUUCUCGUCGCACAACCAGUGCUGCCCGCAGUGCCCUCGGUCGGCCGUGGACAAGAGCGAGACGUGCAAGGAUAACGGCAAGAUUUACACGAACGGUGACAGCUGGAAGGUCGACGAAUGCAAAUCGUGCCUGUGCGUCCGCGGUCAAGUGCAGUGCGCCCAAGAGUUGUGCCCGUCCAUCUCCUCGUCGUGCCCGGCCAACAUGAAACUGCGAACCGUCCCGGGUUCGUGUUGCCCGCGCUGUGUACCAAUGGACGGAGUGUGCACGGUGUUCGGCGACCCGCAUUACAGGACGUUCGACGGGAAAUUCUUCAGCUUCCAGGGACCGUGCAAAUAUCUGUUGAGCGCCGACUGCGUCGGUCGGUCGUUCAGCAUCCGGGUGACCAACGACGCGAGGAACUCGAAGAACUCUGCGUGGACCAAAACGAUCUCACUUCGGAUUGGAAAUUUGAAAGUGAACCUGGGCGACAACAGGCGGGUCAAGAUCAACGGGCAAAGAGUGUCCGUGCCGUACAAGAGAAGUAACGAUCUGACUAUAUCCAACACGAACGAUACCGUGCUGGUGGAGACCAGGAUCGGUGUGUCCGUCGUGUGGGACGGACGAGGAUUCCUGGAAGUUUCCGUCCCAUCGCGGUACAAAGGUAGUUUGUGCGGAUUAUGCGGCAACUUCAACUCUGUGCCCAGGGACGAUAUGACUACUAAGAACGGCCAAGUGGUGUUGGAUCCGCAAGUUUUUGGAUCGUCCUGGCGCGUAGGCGGAAAGAACGCGUGCAGCCGAUCGCCGAAACCGGUGGUGCAGUCAUCCCCGUGUUCUCGGAAAGGCCCCAGGAUCCGAGAGCGUAUGUGCAAGCCACUCCGGCAGCGCAUGUUUGUCGCGUGUCACAAAAAGCUGAACCCGGUCAACUUUUUCAAAUCCUGCCUGACGGACAUGUGCGAGUGUCCUCCCGGCCGGAAGUGUUAUUGCGAGGCGAUGACCGCGUACGCGCACAACUGCCGUCGCCUGGGAGUGUCGCUGCCGGACUGGAGGACCAUGACCGGAUGCCACACUUACUGACCCGCGUCAUCACAUCCACCCCGUGUAGACUCCGCUUGUUCGUUGUUACUAGUCAUUAUUUUUGUACACCUUCAACUUUGCGGUGGUUGCCGCGCGUUCGACUGACCGGUCAAAACGAUCGCGACCAGGCGUUUUCCACCGAAAAAUUACUGUUGGACCUCUCACUUAACUCCUGACGAAACAGUAUUUUACUCGAACAGCCGAAUUUCGUUCAUAAGCAACGUCUACAUGAAAAAAAAUUUUAAAAAAAAUAGUGUAACUAUAGUUGUAUUGUAGUAAUAAUAAUUAUAAUAAUAAACGACAGACUUAACUUUUAAGACGCUACGGCGAGUUCCGGCUCGGCGACACGCCCGUUAUGGCGAUCGAUCCAUUUAUUGUUGUACAUCCCUUUAUGUGCGCCGUUUUAUAUGGUUUUAUUUAUUUAUUUAUUUAUUUUCCAUCGACCGACGUGAACGUUCGAUUACACCCACGCGACAGCAGACAUCAGCCCGGCCUGUUAUGUUAUUUUUCCUAAAACGCCGGUAUGUAGUAAUGCGUACAAUGUUAUUUUCUAUUAUUUUUUUUUUUUUUUUUUUACGACCGCAAAACAAUUAUCGAGUAAUUUUUUGCGUUUAUAAAAAAAAAUCUUUUUUAUUUAUUUGUUUUGUACGCUUUUUUUAUGACUUAAUUUAUUUGUACAGUAACGUUUCCGUGACUCCAGACCGCGAUGAAUGUUUGUACUCGUUUAAUAAUAUUAUUUUAUUAUAUAUUAUGUAUAUUAAACUGUAAAGCUUCAAUGCUACGCGACACGCUUCGAGCGGGUACCGAGAGAGAAUAAUGUUCUUUUCGUAUCGCAUUGUCGUCCGAGUAGUAGAACGCUGAAGAUACCAAAUUUUUAUUAUUGUAUAAUUAUUACUUAUUUAUUUUUGCCUCUAUCUAUCUCUCUUCUUCUCUCUCUU